GAGCCAAAACUGAAAGGACAAAUAAAAAAAGUAGCUAGCAUGGCUUCGCUUACAGCAGUUUGUGAGAUAAUGGAUCAGAAACAUGAAGUGUGUCUUGAAUCUCUCCCUUCUGUGGAUGCUCUGAAGAGAUUUAUUUCCUUUUCUCAAUUCAAUGAAGUAUUAAAGAAACCAUCUUACAUAGAAGAAGGAAGUAGGUUACGUGAAGAAACAACGUCCCAAGGAUGGGGCAAAAUUGCUGCACGCUAUGUUCGUGACCAGUGGAUAUGCCUUCGUUUCAUUUUAAAUUCAUUUCCAACACUGGCUCAAGACUAUGAAGAAACUUCAGAAGUACCAUUAUCUAGAGUCGAAUGGUCAAGGACAAUUCUACAGUCUGCAUUGGAAGCCCUCACUAUUCUUCCGUCAGACCAAGUUUUACCUGUGCUUGACUGCAUGAAAGUCCUUGUUCCUAAGCUUCUGGACUCAUCGGAGUCUCUCUGCAUAGAAGCAUUUGAUUUGGCUUGGAAAAUUAUAUCCUCUUUGAGCAACACACAGCUAAUAUUUUGGUCCAAUCUAAAAGCUUUUGUUCAGUUCAUCUUUGAUACUGAGAUUCUCGCUGUUGCUGCAAGUGCAAAGGGUCAAGCGUAUGCCAAAAUAAAAGAGAUAAUUUUCAAGCUUAUAGAUAUGUCCACUACCAGGACUGGAGUCUUCAACGUAGUUGUUAGUCAUUGUUGUCGAUCUUGGAUAUUUCCCACAGCUCAUGAGAGAACUACCUUGACAAAUGCUUUCUUAAAUGCUGGAAAUUAUUGUGAACUUAUCACUGAGGCUUGUGUCUUUGGGACUGUAUUUAGGAGAGAUCAAAGACUUAUUCAGGAUGUGCAUGCCUUCAUAGAAAAUCUUGGAGAAAAAUGUGCAGCAAAUGUUGUUACAGAAAGUACAAAUCGAGAUGAUCACUACGUUCGUGUUUGUGCUAUUAAAUUUCUGUGCUUGUUGGAUGGAUCAAAUAUCUUGCAUAAGACGUUUAUGGAGGACAUUUUCGUCAAACUACUUGAAAAAGAUGAGCUGGUAUCCAGAUCUAGAACACGCUAUUAUGCAAACUCUUUACAGCAUAGAAUUAAAAACCGGGUAUGGCAGACACUCUUAGUGCUUCUUCCAAAGCUUGACCAGAACUUUUUGUGUGGAACCCUUGGCAAAGUUUUUCAGGCUGGAUUUGGUAACAAUCAGGCAUCUGUGAAAUACUUCAUAGAAUGGAUUGUUAUCUUGAGUCUACAUAAAUACCCUCAAUUCCUUAAUAAGUUCUGGGAUUGCUUUUGCUAUGAUGAAGAAAUGCUUAAAACAAGCAUCUGCACGUUUCUAUCAGUGUUAUCACACUUUGACAUCAUUCUUCAAAAUGCCUCAGAGAAGAAGCCAGCUUUGAAGAAAGCCCUCGUAGUUGUUCUUCAGUGGUGCUUCAACCAUAAUUUCAGUGUUCGACUUUAUGCGCUAAUUGCCCUUAAAAAAAUCUGGGGUAUGUGCAGAAAGUUGCAUGUGGAAGAAUUUGAAGCUCUGACUCCAGUUAUUGAAUCUAGCCUUCAACAAGUGGAAAACAUGCAUGGCACAGGGUUAGAAUAAAAAUGGCAGCGAAUCCAAGAUCACUUCUUCUUUGCAACAUUUCAUCCACUUGAGGAUUAUAGUCUAGAGACCAUAUUUUACACUCUUCCCCGCCUUUCAGAGCUUGCUGAAGAUGAAUGGAUCUCACUCUCUAAAUUUGACAGAUUUACUGAUGUUCCUUUGCCACCAGCAUUUCAGUGGUAUUGUUCUCGAAUGGAGCUCCGUGAUCUGAAACUGAGUGACUGGUCUCAGCAAGACAUGGGUUCAAAUUCAGCUGAAGCAGACAGCCAGUCGGAAUGGACCGAUGUUCAGAAAAAGAUUAUACCGUGGAAAAACAGUACUCCUAGUUUAGACCUGGAAAUGGUAUUUCAGGAUCGGGCUGCUAAACUUGGUAAAUCAAACAGCAGGCUGAUUGUGGUGGCUUCACUUAUUGAUAAACCUACCAACUUAGGAGGUUUGUGUCGUACCAGUGAAAUAUUUGGGGCAUCUGCACUAGUUGUCAGCAGUCUUCAUUACGUACACGAUAAGCAGUUUCAGCAUCUUAGUGUUUCUGCGGAGCAAUGGCUUUCCCUUAUUGAGGUGAAACCAUCCCAGCUUGUUGAUUAUUUACAGCAGAAAAAAACAGAAGGCUACACUAUUAUUGGUGUGGAGCAGACAGCUAAAAGUUUUGAUCUUACAGAAUAUUGCUUCCCAGAGAAGUCACUAUUGUUGCUGGGAAAUGAACAUGAAGGAAUCCCAGCACACCUGAUUCACCACCUGGAUGUCUGUGUGGAAAUUCCACAGCAGGGUAUUAUUCGAUCACUCAAUGUUCAUGUAAGUGGAGCUCUGCUGAUCUGGGAGUACACAAGGCAACAAGUGAUCAAGCAAAAGCAACAAAAAUAACUGCCAAGAGUUUUGUGCCUUACAGUACAGCCGAGUGACUUCCAAUGGUGCUACGACAUUAAAUUCUGAAUAAAUGAGAUUACAAGCUCAGGGUGAAUGAGGAAUCUGAAGUUUUGCAUGUU